AUGAGUGUGAACGGCGUCUUGUGCACGCUGGCGCUGCUGCUCGUGUGGCGGGCGGAGGAGCUGGCCGAGGCGUGCAGCUGUGCCCCGGUGCACCCGCAACAGGCUUUCUGCAACGCCGACGUGGUGAUCCGAGCAAAGGUGGUGGGUGAACGUGAGGUGGAUUCUGGCAACGACAUCUACGGGAACCCCAUCAAAAGGAUCCAAUAUGAUGUCAAGCAGAUUAAGAUGUUCAAGGGACCCAGUCAGGACAUCGACACCAUCUUCACCGCACCCGUGUCGGCAGUUUGCGGUGUCACCCUGGACACUAGCGGCAAGAAGGAGUACCUGAUCUCCGGCAAGGCUGACGCCGGCGGGCAAAUGCACGUGACGCUGUGCGAUUAUAUCAUGCCGUGGGACUUCUUGACCAACACCCAGAAGAAGAGUCUCAGCCAGCGUUACCAGAUGGGCUGUGAGUGCAAGAUCGUACGCUGCCCUUCGUUGCCCUGCGAGAUCUCUGCCCCCGAGGAGUGCCUGUGGACGGAUCUGAUGAUCGAGAAGCAGGUAAACGGUCGCCAGGCCAACCACUACGCCUGCGUCAAGCGCGCCGAUGGCUCCUGCUCCUGGUACCGCGGCGUGGCCCCGCCCAAGAAGGAGUUCCUGGACGCCGAGGACCCCUAG